CCUCGACUCAACACAGCCGGCCCGCCUCCUGUCUCCCGCUCCGUCCUCGUCCUAAUUUGAUAUUCUCUCCGACGCCGACAGACUGUCCUUCCCUUGCACCGCAUUCUUCAGCGCCGUGCUCGCCUCGCCCGGCUCAAAUCAGCCACGGCUGGCACACCAUUCUACCCAUCCUGCCCAGACGACGCAUCCCCGACCGUCCCUGCCUCAAUACCUUCCGAGUCAAUCUACAGGCGCGCUACUAAGACUAUUCGUACAACCUUUGAAGCUUUUACCAACAACCCAGAUCGUUGUGCUCGAGGCCUGGCUGCACGGACACCACCGCAUCCCUGGGACAUUCGUGUCCGGAUGGGUUCCUGGUAGAGGUCAUCACAGGCCGACAUCCCCCAGACCAGAUCUUCUGGUCUUGCGCUGUCGUCCUGACCCUCGAUCAUGGACACCACCUCAAACUUCCUAUCGUGGUCGCGACCCACGCACCCGACCACAUGCACAAGCAGUUCUGCGACCAAGCCAAACGCACCCUUGCCCUUCAAAUCAACAGACUCGUCCUUGGCGACGGUAGUAAAUGGCUUCCUGUACCUCAGAGACGGGCUAACUCCCGAGCAACGGGAGACAAUCAGACUGCGCGAGGAGCGGAAACAGAUCUUGCAUGCAAGAAUGGUCAACGCAGAAUCAUACAAGGCCUGGUAUACCGCGGCUCGUGAGCUCGAUACUCUGGAGGGGAACGACUUGUGGAAGGACGAUGCUGGUAGCGGCGAGUAUAACCCAGAGCUCCUCGAGGAACGCUUGCGACAACUAGAUGAUGCCCGUGACCAGGCUGAUAUCCGGGCCAUGAUGCACCUCGUCAGGACUUCAUUGUCGCGUGACCUCGGCGGCAUGGACAAUAUCGACCUGUACCGACACUGUCAUUGUGGCACCAAGAAACUGAUCGAGAACUACGUAAGCUCGGCGCUGCGUACAAUCGCAGCCCUGGUGGAGCAGGGUGCUACAAGCUUGCAGGCUGAUGAGGAAUGGGGCCCCAAAGACCUUCUCGAUGCCAUGCUCUUCGCACGCCAGAGUUUUGGGCGCAGCGCACUUCUGCUUAGCGGUGGCGGAACCUUUGGGAUGUCGCAUAUUGGCGUCAUCAAGGCUAUGUUUGAGGCCAGGCUACUGCCGCGCAUCGUCUCCGGAGCCUCGGCAGGCUCGAUUGUCUGUGCUGUGAUAUGCACACGGACUGAUGACGAGAUGCCACAGCUCAUGAAGGAUUUCCCGUAUGGGGACCUCGCCGUCUUUGAUGAGGAAGGCAAUGAGGAUACCAUCUUGGACCACGUCUUCAGAUUAUUCACCAAGGGCAAUUGGUCAGACAUCAAGCACCUCACACGUGUCAUGCAAGACAUGCUGGGUGACAUGACCUUCCAAGAGGCAUACAACCGGACUCGGCGGAUAUGCAACAUCACAGUCUCCUCAGCUUCUAUAUAUGAGCUGCCACGGCUCCUCAACUAUGUCACAGCGCCCAACGUCAUGAUCUGGUCGGCUGUAGCAGCCUCCUGUUCUGUUCCGCUUGUUUUCAGCGCGGCUCAUCUCCUCGUCAAGGACCCCGUGACUGGCGAGCACAGCCUGUGGGAUUCUACGCCUCAGAUGUGGAUUGAUGGGUCAGUCGACAAUGAUCUUCCCAUGACCAGGCUAGCAGAGAUGUUCAACGUCAACCAUUUCAUCGUUUCCCAAGUCAAUCCUCAUGUGGCCCCGUUCCUAGCAAGGGAAGAUGCCCAUGGCCAUGGAGACGGCAAGUCGCCCCAGCAACCUGACUCGACCGGAGACUCAGACUGGCUGUACUCGGUGACAGCACUGGCCAAGGGCGAGGCACUUCAUCGCAUGCAGCUCAUGGGAGAAAUGGGCAUAUUCACAAACUUCGUCAGCAAGCUUCAGGCUAUGCUGAGCCAGAAGUACUCUGGGGACAUCAACAUCUUCCCAGCAGUCGGCGUGUUUGAUCUGCCGCGAAUCCUGAAGAACCCAACCCCAUCAUUCAUGGAGCGCAUGGGCUUGCUCGGAGAGCGCGGUACAUGGCCUCUUCUGUCUCGUAUUCGAGAUCGGUGCGCAAUCGAAAUAGCUCUAGACAACGCCGUACAUGCUCUUCGCGCUCGCGUAGUGUUUAGCAAGAGCCAGGUCGAUCUGCGGAGGGCUUUUACGAGCAACUAUGAUGGCGUUCGGAGAGGUAGCCAUGACCCGGUCGGCCCUUCGCGUCUGGCGCUCCCUCGAAUUGACACAAUGCCACCAAAGGAGAAACUGGCUGUGAGACGGGCGAAAAGGCAAAGCGGAAAUGCUGUCGUGGCUGGUGGACUGAAGUUCCAUGGCUCAGACCUCAUCAACGACAAUCCGUACAAGGUCACAGAUGAAGACACAGACGAAGAAGAAAGGCUCGAAAUGGCGAUGCACAGUCACGGUAGAAAGAUGACGCGGCCACGCCGGCUGCCACGGAACUAUUUAAUCCCAACUUUAAAGCUCUCUCCCGUUCAAACACGACCGCCACAGGCGGGCUUUGCGCGGGACGUAGCCGCAGAUCAUCCACAAUCCGCGAUAUUACCACCAAAGUCAUUCUAUCACGACUCGCUUGCUCAAUCGCUACAGUCAUCGCGAACUCUGCAUGCCGCCAUGCAUUCGAAAAGCAACGGCACCCCAGACAUAGUUGUUGACGAUACUGCUUCAAUGACAUCCCCGCAGACGAACCCGCGCCGGCGAGGUGAGACCGGCGUCGACACUAGCGAUGUGCAGACUUCCGAGGACGAUGACGAGUACGAUGACGAGUACGAUGAUGACGAUGUAGACGCGCAGAAUAGAGAGUCCCCUGUUGUGCCACCAGUCUCACCAGUGCGGAGCCGGGCAGACAGUCUGUUUGGCACUGCGUGGCUAGAGGAUCAUGGCAGAGCCGGCAACGGCAGGAAAGACAGUGUCAGUGUGUUCCGCCAAAGCAGAAGCAGCAGCACUGCUUUGCCCGAAGUUGCGUUGUCGCCAGUAGACGAGGGAACUUCAACAACCCCCAGCAGAGGAGACAUAAGUCCAAGCUCUGGCGCCUAGAGAACAGUCAUACAAUCAGCAGACGGCGCAAGCACGCAAGAGGUGGUUCCAGGCAGUUAACAGGAAGGAGGCUCAUUUUUAUGCGAACGGUAAUCGUAUGAUUGGAGCAAUGGCGGGGUCUGCGCCUUAAAUCAGUCAUCGAGGCACGAGUGUAUGUGUCUAGAGCGGACGACAAUUAGAAUAGAAGCGGUUGCACAAUUCAAUAAAUGCAUCCAUCUGGACUAUUCACACGAAU